CCCUUUCAUAUUUCCCUUCCUUUCCCCUCUCUCUUUCUCUCUCUAAAAUCUCCCAACUCAGUCAAACCCUAACCAAAUCAUUCCAUCACCUACACUGUCCCUCACUACCAUGGAAGCUUUCAGCUUGUUCAAGUUCUGGCGUAAUGCCGGCGCCGGUGCCGGCAGAUCCAACUCCGGCGCCGACGUCACCAACAUCUCCGAAGGAGUCACAGUCAAGAACCUACUCCAAACAGAAGAUGAAACGGACGACGAAGAUUCUUUCUUCGAUUUGGAGUUUACAGCUCCUGAUUUCGACGAGAAUGAAGAAAACAGAGCUAAAGCUGUUCAAAUCAAGAGCUCCGACAACGACGAAGUUCCACACAACAAUUCGACCCGAAAAGACGGUGAGCCAAAGCUCAAUUUCAUCAAAUCUCCAAAUGAUUUCUUCAAAGGAAGAGUUGUGCCGGUAGAAUCGAAUUCAAAGCCUCAGUCUCCGAUUUCAACUCUGAUAUCUGCGCCGAAGUUUCGAGUCCUCAUGUUAGGGUUCAAGAAGUCAAAAAUGGCGACUGUUCAGCAGAAAUCACCGGAAAAGGAGCAGAGCAAGCGCUUCACGGUCAAAUGUGAAGUCGAGGAGGUUCCGAUUGCGUCACUCUUCGCCGGAGACAACAGUUUGGGAAGCAAAUUAGCGAAGCAGAGGUCAGAGGACGCGUUUUCGGUUGAUUCUUCGAAGCCGUUUCCGAAAGACGCAGUACAGAAGUACCUGAAGAUCAUCAGACCGUUGUACGUUUGGGUUUCGAAGAGGUACGGCGAGAAGACGAAGUUUUCAGAUCAGUCGUGGACGGGGACUCCGCUGUCGUCUCCGGCGACGGCGCCUGUGUGUUCGCCGCGAAAGCAAGCGGAUGAGAAACAGGGGAGUCGACCGGCGGCACUCCGGAUGGUGUGCAAGCAUUUAGGGAAGAGCCGAUCGGCGUCGGCCGCCGUCAGAAUCAUGCCGUCGCCAGCGAGGAGAGAUGACUCGUUGAUGGAGCAGCAUGAUGGGAUCCAAAGCGCCAUUCUUCAUUGCAAGCGAUCUUUCAAUUCUUCCAGAGAGUUCUGUCUUUAUUCACGAUCUGCAAGCGAUCUUUUUCUCGAGAAAUCCAUAAACCCACCGAGAAAAUCCGCCGAGGAGGAGAAAAGAAGCAGCAUUUGAAAGAUUUGAAGCUCCAUAAUCAAAUUUUGAGAGGAAGACAAAAAGGCGGGAAAAUGAUGGAGCAUCACAAACUAGUAAUGAUACUCUGAUCAACUAUAACCUCUGUUUUACUAUUAUAUAUAUAUAUAUAUAUAUAUAUAUAUAUAUAUGUAUGUAUGUAUAUGUAUAGAGAUAGAGAGAGAGAGAGAAUAGGGUUGUGGGAUCUGAGAGAUGGGGAUGAUGAUGGCGAGAGAGGAUGCAGGUGGAGGAGGGCUUGUAGUUAUCUGUAAAGCGACUGAUGAUAUAUCAUAUCAAUAUCAAUGAAAGAAAUGAGAUGAAAUGAUUAUGAUCUUUCUGUGUGGUUACUGUAUAAUCUGAUUGUAUUCUGUAUUUGGCAUUUUCUGGCAGC